CCCACGAUCACUUCACUCGAGAUACACACCGAGACGAGCACACGCGCUGAACAGGUGGUCCAGUCCCACCUGGACAACAAAAUAUGAGGAUUUAUUCUUCUUUUAACAUUUAUGGAUACAAUGCUACCUGCGCUUUACUGAUAGUGUCUGAAGAGUAACGCACUUCACGCGCUUCCCAGAAGAGUCACUGGGAAUACUGGACGAAUAUGAAAGUGACAGUAUGUUUCGGAAGGACCCGGGUGGUCGUUCCCUGUGGAGAUGGGAAUAUCAAAAUACACAGUCUUAUUCAACAAGCGACAAUGCGCUAUAAAAAAGCCAUAGCCAAGGACCCGGGAUACUGGAUACAAGUUCAUCGGUUAGAACAUGGAGAUGGGGGCAUUUUGGACUUGGAUGAUGUGCUUUGUGAUGUGGCGGAUGACAAAGACAGGCUCAUAGCAGUCUACGAGGAGCAGGACCCACACCAUGGAGGUGACGGCACCAGCGCCAGCUCCACAGGAACCCAGAGUCCAGAGCUCUUCAGCGCAGGCGAGCUCAACACCAGUGAGAUUGAGGUCACACCAUCUGCGCUCAGGACCAAUAUGCCCUUGCGUGUACGACGCAGCAGUGAUCCGUCCAUGCCCGGCCUGCCUGAAGUCCAGUUACAGCCCGAAGAACCUUCUCGCAAGAACCCUUCACGAUGGUCCACCACUGCAGGGUUUAUGAAAGGCAAUGCUUCGAGUGGAACCAAUAGCUUAGAACGAAAGGGCAAGGGUCUUGAUGGUUACCGCAGCCUUCCUUCCCAAUUUCAGAGGGAUAAUGCCCGCUCCUCUCUCAGUGCUAACCAUCCUAUGGUGGACCAAUGGCUUGAGCGACAAGAACAGGAGGAUGAAGAAGAGGAGAGAACAGACAACGGGAGAAAUGGAAGGAUAGAGCCGGUGGGCCGGGCAGAUUCAUGUUUGGAAUCAGCAUCAAUCGAUGAAAUGUUAAAGCUGGUUGAGGUGUCCAACGUCGGUGGUCCACUGGGAAUCCAUGUUGUGCCAUUCAGUGCCAGAGAUAGAAGGACACUGGGUUUGUUAGUCAAGAGGCUGGAGAGAGGCGGGAAGGCGGAGCGUGAAGCUCUGUUCCAGGAGAACGACUGUAUCGUCCGGAUUAAUAAUGGAGACCUGCGCAACCUCAGAUUUGAACAGGCCCAAAAUUUGUUUCGUCAGGCUAUGCGUACGCCACUUAUCCAUUUCCACAUAGUGCCAGCGGUGAAGAAACCACAAUAUGAGCUUUUGUAUCAGAAUGAACUGGGCCCGCAGUCUGGUUCUGAAUCAGGCAGUCUGUUGGGAGGAGCUAUGGAGUACAGUCCACGGAGAAUGUCAAAAGCAGAAUCGAACCAGGGCUAUCCCACGCUACCGCACCUGGCAAGAAAGUCUCACCCUGGGCCUAUCCUACCCGCCAGGCCUGCAAGCGCCUCGUCGUCUGUGGGUUUCUCCAAAAAGAUUGGCCGGAAAUUUAAUGUGCAGCUGAGGAAAGGUCCCGAAGGGUUGGGUUUUAGUAUCACCACCAGGGACGUCCCAAUUGGCAGUUCUGCCCCCAUAUAUGUGAAAAAUAUUCUUCCCCGUGGAGCCGCCAUCCAGGACGGCCGUCUGAAAGCUGGAGACCGACUGCUUGAGGUCAAUGGAGUGGAUCUCAAUGGAAAGACUCAGGAGGAGGUUGUGGCCCUGUUGCGCUCGACCCCCAUGGGCGGCACUGUUGGUCUACUCGCCGUAAGGCAAGAGGAAGCUCUUCUGCCUCGUGAAGUAAAAGAAGAACAGGAUGACUUAAUUCUUACCCCGGAUGGUACAAGAGAGUUUAUGACCUUUGACAUCCCACUCAACGAUUCAGGCUCGGCAGGAUUAGGGGUCAGCGUCAAAGGCAACCGAUCUAAAGAGAGCCACGCUGAUCUGGGUAUUUUCGUCAAGUCUAUUAUCACUGGAGGAGCGGCAUGCAAGGAUGGCCGACUGAGGGUAAAUGACCAGCUCAUAGCCGUCAAUGGAGAGGGUCUACUGGAUAAAACUAACCAGGAAGCAAUGGAGACCCUUCGCAAGUCCAUGUCCGUAGAGAGCAAUAAAAGAGGCAUGAUUCAGCUUAUAGUGGCCCGACGGGUCCCAGGGAGAGGGGAGGAAUCUCCAGAAAGCCCAUCUGUGCAAGAUUUGUCUCUAAACUCUUCAAUGGAUGAUCACGAGCGACGGAUCUCUCAGUCUCUCUAUCCUGGAGAGAGUCUGGAUGACGGCCACAGCGCAAGACAUACCAUGAUGAGUAGAUUGAUGGGUAACUACCAGCUGUCCCCCACUGUAAACAUGCCCAGGGAUGACACCGUCAUCAUUGAAGAUGAUAGGCCACCUGUUCUUCCCGCCCGAUUGUCUGACCAAUCUUCAUCGAGCUCUCACGAUGACAUGGGACUGGUGACAGAGAUGCCCGACUGGCCUAAAGAUGUCCAGAUGCCGGAAGGUACACUCGGUCCUGACACAGAUAUGGAUGCUGUCUUUGAGCGCGAGGGCUUCGGUCGACAAAGCAUGUCGGAAAAACGAACCAAGCAAUAUGCCAAUGCUGCUCAGCUAGAAAUUAUCAAGAGUCGCAAGUCAAAGAGUAUGGACCUAGUAGCCGACGAGUUUAACCUCACUCCCCGCAAAGAAAGGAUAGAAGGCAACUCCACGAGAGAUGUGGGACCGUCGCUGGGUCUGAAGAAGUCUAGUUCCUUGGAGAGCCUCCAGACAGCUGUUGCCGAGGUGACGCUCAACGGAGACGUCCCUUUUCACAGGCCCCGCCCCAGAAUCGUCAGGGGAAGGGGCUGCAAUGAGAGUUUUCGGGCGGCCAUCGACAAAUCAUACGACAAUCCAGGUGUGAGCGUAAUCAGUCCCGAGGACGAUGAUGAGGGGAUGGAGACGUUGGAGGAAGACACAGAAGAGAGUUCGCGAUCGGGCCGUGACUCCAUUUCCACGACAACCGACCUGACCCUCGGAUCAGCAGGUGUUGAGAAGCAGGUGAAUGGAGGCCGUAACAAAGAUGACAGGAAGAAGGACCAGACUGGGAAAGACAAAAAAGACAAGAGUAAAGCCAAGAAAGGCAUGCUGAAAGGCCUAGGUGACAUGUUCAGGUUUGGCAAAAACCGAAAAGACGAGAGGCAAGGCGACAGGAUCGGGCGCAAGGGCUCCAGCAAGAUCAAGAUGGAGGAAACUCAGGCCACAGAAGAGGAAACGGAAAGAAUGAGAUUAGAACAGGAGAGGAUUCAAGCUAAGACCAGGGAGAUUCGCGAGCGACAGGCCAAAGAUCGAGACUACGCCGAGAUCCAGGACUUCAACAGAAACUUCAGUUCAGAUGAGGAGCACACCUAUGCAGGGAUCGGCUCUCUGAACUCAUCUCUGAACAGCAGUAUGGACCUGAGCCAGAACCCUGGUCAAGAUCAGCAUCCUCAGACCCCUAAAGACCAACCCCUGCCCUUAGACGCCCUCUAUGCCCAGGUUAACAAGUCCAGAAAUGGACGCCCACCCUCCACAGACAGUAACAGACUGGCGCCUAGCAACCAUGACCGGAUACUGCGGCUACGACAAGAAUUUCAACAAGUCAAACAUGAGGACGGCCCCGGUGACCGCCGCCAUAGCUACAGCUUUCAGCAGCAACCAUGGGCCAACACACCAACAGGGCGUCACUCGGUUUCUGUCGAGGUCCAAGUGCAGAGACAGAGAGAAGACAGAGACUCCUUUACACAAGCCCAGAGGCAGUACAAUUCCUUACCACGGCCAUAACGCAAAAACCCCAGCAUCGUGUCCCAAGACUCGUGGGAGAAAGUCUACCCUCCUGGCGAGGGAUUUCAGACCGCCAAAGAGAACCCACGCUACUCCAGUUACCAGGGAUCCCGCGCUACCAAUGGCUACAUAGGCACCGUCUCCACGGGCAUGAACGCCCGGGUGCUCUUGGAGACACAGGAGCUCCUGAGACAAGAGCAGCGACGAAAAGAGCAGGAGGCUAAAACCAAGCUCCCUGCUAUGCAGGAGAUGCCUGCCCAGCCUCCAAGCCAAUUCCCUGCUCCUACCACACCCAAAGGACCGUACCGUCAGGAUGUGCCACCUUCACCCACUCAACUCGCCCGGCUCAACCGCAUACAGACACCAGAGAUGGGCCAUAACUUCUACUCUUGAGACGAAAGAUCAGAGCUAAACUGUAUCACAGCAAUAACAUUUGGAGACAGCCAUAGAGACUAGGGGGGAUUCGUGGAGAAAGGAUUCUGGGUAACAGGUUGACAAGGUUUCUUUUUUUUUUACAUUUGUAUGAAUUGAAAUGUUUUUACACACUGAAGAUCUUUGUCUGCCAUUCAUCUCUCAUCCUUGACUAUUGAAUACAUUGACGUUAUGACACUUGGUGGGGCCUUGACUUGACAAUCACACCAUAGCCUGCCCGAGGCUUUGAUACACGACUGUUCCCACAGUAUUGUGACCUACAUAUCAUGUUUUCUAUCAAGUAUGCGUGCUAAGAGCACGUCGAGGGUGGAUGAAUCUCAUGCAACCUGUCAAGCGAGGGUCGUAUUUCACAAUUUUCCAAUAUUCAUUAGUGUUUUUGCAGUAUGGAAAUAAUAAGGUGUGUGUGUAUAUGUGUGUAUGUGUAGAUAUAUUUUGCGUAUAAAGAGAGUGCGGCUAGGUCACAACCCAAGAUCCUUACAUGUUUCUACCACUGACACGUCUGUGACCCCACCCAUUUCAUAAAAAAAUCCUCAGAUCUUUUUUAGGUUUGUGUUGUUGAUUAAAGUAAAUUUGAAAUGUAAUUUGUUAAAAUACUUCCUAGUUUAAUGUGCAGAACGCUGAGAUGCAAGCCAGAUGGUACUAUAGGUUGACUUCCUAAACACUGUAAACAAUGCUAAUAUUUUUUCUGUAUAGCAUACACUGAUAAAUCGAGUAAAACAAUUAGGGAUGGGUUCCCAGUCGGGGUUUAUCUUAGUCCCAGACUAAAAUGCAUGUUUGAGCUUCCUUCAUUUGAAAAAGAAGAAAAAACACCUGCUGACAUAUUUUAACAUAUAUCAGUACCAUUGUUUUGUCUCAAGAUGCACACCAGUAUUGUUUUUUGUAAUGUUUGUUUGUAAAAAUGUCCUAAUAUAAUUAUAGCCUAGUUCUAGAUUAAUCUAAACCCUGUACUGGAAACCGCCCCUUAGUGUUUAUUAAACUAACUGGAGUCAGUUUAGUCAUAUAAAAUGCAUUGGAGUAUACACUAUAUAGUGUGCAUAUGUGUGUGCAUAUUGCUUUCAGACGUAGUAAGCGUGCAUGUGACUCUCUGACCUUUCCUUUGUACAGACUGUCUUUGGUUUCAUUGGUUUAGUCAGAUCUGUUCCACUUUUACAUUUUUCAUUGCACAGGUUAACGUCAGUCGCUCGCACACAUGUUCAAUAAUACAACAACAAAGCUCAGGUUACAGCUUGCGCCGCGGUAGCCACGGAUACAGUGUAAAAUCUGUUUAAAGCAAUAGUUAACCCAGUCAUUUGCCAUCUGUCAUCUUCUGCUCAAUUUCAAUCCCUUAAACCCACACAUAUUCUCUUUGUUCUGAAGAAAAACAGCUAAUGGUGUUACUUCUCUCUCCAUGCAUGGGGUAGAGAUGGGUUCUGGUUUAAUCAAGCUCUGAAAGAGGACCUCAAAAGUUGUCCAUAAAAUCUGUGCACUUCUAAAGCCUGGAGUAUAGUCUGUUUUUACGUGAACCCACAGUGUUGCAAAGCAUAGUAUAUGAGAUCAUAAAUGUACACAAAUGUACACGGACGCGAAAAAAUGCAAUUCAUCUCCUGGGCUACAUAACCGUAUUUUAUGGACUACAAGUCGCUCCGGAGUAAAAGCCGCAUCAGUCAAAAAUGUGUUUUGAAGAGGAAAAAACAUAUAUAAGUCACACUGGACUAUACGUCGCAUUUAUUUAGAAAAUUAUUUCACAAAAUCUAAGCCUAAAAACAGGCAUUUAAUCUGGAAAGGCAAGUUAUUCAACUAAACAACAGCACAGAACAGUAGGCUAAAUGGUGUCUGUACAUGUUAACGUAACAUUACCAUUUAUUCAGCUUACACAAUAGCAUACAGAACAUUCUUGGGAAUCUGAAUAGGUUAAAUUAACAAGACAAGCCAAAUCAAGUUGACCAAUCUUCGGAAGUCAUUCCACAUCACUGAAUCCAUUGAAUUACAUAAAUACAGGAGCAGCAUAGAGCGGACUCUCGCGGCUGUAGACGGUAAUGGUUUCUCUUGGUUCAUAUGAAUUAAUUUUGACGUGUAAGUCGCACCUGACUAUAAUGCCGAGUUCAGACUGCAUAAUUUUUUCAAACUAGUCGGGUCACAGAUCUUUUCACACUGAGUGACUAUCUGCGGUAGCGUUUAGUUGCUGCUGUUUUCAGACUGCAUGAUGGAUUGGCGACAGGGGGUUUCACACUGCAUGACUUUACCAUACGAAGAAUCGCCGACAACUUUGUCCCGGUCCGCAAACUACGUCUCACGACCAAACGCACGCGAGAAGUGACACGAAGGAUAAAACGCGAGGUCACGCGUGCAAGUGGUAUCCCGCAAGAAGCUUUCCAUACAAAUUACAUGUGCGCUCAUUUGCAGCAGAAAUAAGAAAAAGAAAUAAAGAUUAUGAAGGAGGAAAUGGUUGGAGAGACUCCUCCCCGAACUUCCAGCUGCCCUGUAUGUUGCUCUCUCAUUGGCUCUAGGUCAUCGCCAAUGUUAUUUUCAGUCAAAACACAUUUCACACGGCAUGAUUUUGAAUCGCCGACAGGUUCAGAUAUCUAGCAUGCCAGAUAUCUCACGGGUGUCGGUGAAUCGGCGGAGAUUAUCUCAGAUCACGUCUUUGAUAAUUCACACUGCGUGCACGAGCAUCGAUUUGCCUGUGAUUUUGGGCAUUUGACUGCGAUUUCUCAAAACCUGUUGGUGAGUCAAAAUCAGGGCUAAAAUCAUGCAGUGUGAACUCGGCAUAAGUCCAGCCAAACUAUGAUAAAAGUGCGACUUAUAGUCCGGAAAAUACAGUGUACAUUCUCCAAUAUGCGCAUGCGUGACCUACGCGUACAAAGAAUGCAAAUCUAGCGGUAUGCAAACAGUGCGCACAUAUUAUUCUGAUGGCGAACCCUCUGAAUGCGUAAAAACAGAUCUAUACUUCUAACUUCAGUCUUCUAUGUGACAGAAAACAAAACUUUAGCUGUUAGUUUCAUGCACAUGGCAGUGAAUGAGAUUUCAAGCACAUAUCGACUUAAAUUGGACUCUCUGGACUGCUUUUAUGGUGCUUUUAUUUUGGAGCUUGGCAGUGUAAAUCAAUUUUUAUUUGAAACUUUACUUCAAAGCAUAUCAUUAUGAGUUGUUAUAAAAGAUACACGCAGUCAUAAUGUUUUUGAAUUUUUUUCUCGGAUCAUCCAGAGAUUAACAAAUCUAGCAAAUGUGACUUUUUGAAAUCUGUUUGUACAGGAUGUGUGAAUGUCAGGGUUUUACACAAGAGUAUUGUAUCGCCAGUGCCUGCAACAGUCCUUCUUGUUAGUUACUGUAUUCUGGCAGAGACAUUAAAUACUUGGCCACCACAUUUUCAAGAGCAAAGCUUAAAAAGUGCAAUAAGCUCUUACAAAAAGAAAAGCCAAGUGAGUUCAACUCCUCCUGGCAUCUCUCCGUAUCACAUCCAUUUAUCGUGAAAACAUACAGUAUGGCUUCUCUGUACACUAAGCAAUGAGGGAUGGUUUCCUGAUCUUCAAGAGUUCGGUGCGUCCUCCCUGCACCCUUUUUGGAUCUGUGGUACGACAUGUGACCUAGUAUUGAAUCUGCAAAUAGAGGCUGUUACUGAACAGUUUUAUUUUUUGUGUGUGUGGUGCUGGCUGCUUAUCAAUUUUAUAUCACAUUGUAUACAUAAGAUGUUUUUGAUGGGAAGUGCCUGUGUAUGAAGAGGGAUGUUUUAUAUGUAAAGAAUGAACGUGUUGCCAAAUGCACAUUUUUAUGAUGAAAUUAUUGUUUCUUUUGAUAUUCUCUUAUCGUACAGCGUUUGUGUUAUUCAUUUUUAAAGCUAAUCUGCACAUUUUAAUGUAUUUGUAUGAUCUUUAGUUGUCUAUGUGUGUCAUAGGUACAGUGGUGUUCUGAUAGCUCCUGUAUGCACAGUGGUUUUUACACGAUGUUUUUACCUAAUGUGUCAAAAUGUACACAAAACGUCUCUGUACAUUUCAGAUCUAUAUUCAAUAAACAGUUUCUUUGUUCUGUUUACAGUAA